UCGCACUUUCCUACCGAAUUUUUCUACAACGGAAUCGUUUCCGAACAUCGCGAGACGGCUGUACCACCUACACAACAACACCUCAUUCCCACCGACAUCUCAAGCACUCAAAAUGGAGAGGGUCCCCAUUCAUCGCCCCGACCUCGACACUCAAAGCAGCCGCCUCUCCCAAUUCUACGCUCAAUUCGGACCAUCAGACGACGAGGACGAGUUCUGGGGAUUUCAUUGCGAAGAACUCGGACUGAAGCCUUACAGACGUGUCGAGGCGUCGGAGAGCAAAGCAGCUGCGGGAACGUCACGUUUCGGGCGACGUUUGGUGUUGAGGCGGCCGGAGGCGAGUGUGGGGUGGAGUGCGGAGCAGCAGAAGGCGCGAGAAGAGCGUGAGAGAGAUGAUGAGAGAAAACGAGGGAAUGAAGAGAAGGAGAGAGGUGGAGGAGGUGGAGAGAGGAGGAUGGUGGUGUGUCGCAAGGAAGAAAAAAAACCGAAGACGAGUACAAAGAAAAUCAAAACACUUACGCCUCUCUGCAGCAGCAGCAGCAGCAAUACAGACAAAGUCACGACUUCAUCUGCAUCACAACGAAGCAACGAACAGCAACAGAGUGUGACCAAUGUCAAGUUAUGUAUCACGAAGGUGGCCACCGAACACGAGCGAGUAACUCAGACACGAACCGGACGGACGGUGAAGUCACCGUUGUGGAUGAAAGAUCACUUUCCGAGGCCUCUGUCUGUGUCUGCUAGCAAGUGUUUGAUGGUGCCGACGUCGUUGACGUCAAACUCUGCACACGUUGUGAAGGUUUCGCAAUCUUCUUUGGUGCUGGGUGCUGUGAAACGGAAAUUUGUUAAGAAACGGGAGAGAGAGAAGGGUUGUGAUGUGAAGGGUUUGAGUAGGACGAAGUAUUGUGGUGCUGGUUUGGUGGAAGAAGGAACGGUGGAGGAGUGUAGUGUGAAAACGAGUGGAUCUCUCGAUGAGAGCAUGUCUCCUGGUGUUGCUAAAGUAAAACAAGCAUCUUUGUCAAAACAUGAGAAAUCGGUAAAAGUUCGUCGUCCAUCACUCAUUAUCUCUAAACUUUCACCUGAAAAGCAGAAUAACUUUUCCAAGUAUCAACAACCAUCGUUGCUUCAUCCGGAGGUGCAAACCAGGCCAAGGCUUCGAGCAUCUAGGUGUCACAGAUGCAAGGGAUGCUUGAGAAGUACCGACUGUGCAAAGUGCAUUAAUUGCUUAGAUAAACGUCGUUUUGGUGGUCCAAAUGUAAGGAGACAAUGCUGUGUUUUUCGCAAGUGUGUAAAUCUGGUUCGAGAUAUACCACUGAAAUCUGCACCGAGAAAGCCACAAUCUCAUAAAAAGAAAAAAAUACGCACAACAGCGUUACCAUAUUUAAGUGAUUCAGACGACAGCGGACAUUUCAACUCCAUCAUAUCUCACCCAAAGAGACAGCCAAAAGAAACAGAAACGUCACCAAACGAUUACAACGUAAUCACCCACACAUGUGAAGACACAAUCAACGAUUUAUUACCAGAACGCGAAGCACGUCCCAAACGGAAGGCGGCACUCAAUCCUCGCUUUCGAAUCUUUUCAUACAAAUCAGAGGGUAUAGACUGGAAACAAGAUAAUGAUUUGAUAUCAAUGAGGGAGCAUGAUAAUAGCAUGAACGUUCGAUGUGAAUCAAAUGUGGUGAACAUGAACUAUGGUGACGACGACCAGGUGUUGACAGGUGACAUGGUGAUUGGUCAGAUGGUCAAGAGUCAAAAGAUGGAAAAAGUUUGGAAGGCGAGGAGGAAUGUUUGUUUUCGUAAUGCGGGCGUGAAGCUGCUGUUUAAGUCACGAGUGAGUGAGAGCGAAGCUUGGAGACACGGAUAUUGCGUGCCAAUGUUGGAGUCAUUGCUGUAUACUGGACCGUUGUGUUACUUGUGUGGAAGCGCCGGAGUUGGCGAGCUAGUGUAUUGUAUGGCGUGCAACGAGCCGUUUCAUCCGUACUGUUGCGAUUACGCUCCAACUGAUCACGGUCAAUGGUAUUGCAGUAAUUGCAUUGUAUGUGACAUCUGCUUGACGAUGGACAAUUUACUGGAGUGUGAUCAAUGCCAUCGUCAUUAUCAUGAAUGUUGUCUGAGUCGUGACCAUCCGCUCGGCACAGACGACGAUGAAGUCUGGAAAUGUAGCAGAUGUGUGAAAUGUGUCAGUUGUGGCUCCGUAAAAGCAGGCCAGUAUGAUGGUGCUCGUUGGCAUGACAACUUUACAUUGUGUGAAGAGUGCUCAUCUCUGAAAGAGAAGGGCAACGUAUGUCCUAUCUGUGGAAAGUGUUAUCAAGAUUUCGACUUUGAUUCUAAAAUGAUUCAGUGUGCAUUGUGUGAGAUGUGGAUACAUGCUGCGUGUGCAAACGUUUCUGAUGACGAAUACAAUGCACUCAGUCUUCUACCAGAUUCAGUCGCAGAGUUUGAAUGUCAGGUUUGCUGUCCUGUUGGCAUUCCCCGUUGGAAAUCAGCCAUCACCGACGACUUGAAUAACGCAAUGCAAAAGAUUUGCUUGGCUUUGCAGUCUCAGUUGAAUAGCGACAUUCCAAUGGAGGUGAAGUCGCUCGUUGAUAGCAUUGAGAUGGGACAGUACUCAAGUGCACCGACUUUGUUUGCUCACAACGUCCUCCUCAGUCUCAAACCAUUUACUGAUGGCCUCGAAAACAUUGAGUUAUCUCGUCAUCUUGCUGCCGUUUCAUUCAAAGAUUCUCUCUGCAACUAUAUGUCAAAGUUGUUUCCAUGGUUUUCACUUGCCGGUACUUUGAACUUUGAACCAGUAACACAUGCAAUGAAGAAGAACAAGAACGCGAUGAAUGACACACUUACAGCCACCCCUUACCCAUCGUAUGACCACAGCUAUUCAAAGACGUCAGUCCCCAACACGUCACCAAUGCCUAAUAAACCAACUGCUCUAGCUGGUCAACGAGACGUCCCAUGCUGUGAUAGGAGGCAGUGUGUGCUCUGUCUGGAAAUUGGAGAUAAGAAGCCGACCGAAGCUGGACGGAUGGUUUGUGUGGCUUUGGACGAGUGGGCUCAUGUGAAUUGUUGUCUGUGGUCGGCUGAGGUUUUUGAGAGGCAAGAUGGUCGACUUCAACAUCUUGACAAAGCGAUUGCACGUGGCAGACAAUUGAAAUGCGAUAAUUGUGGCAAACCUGGUGCUACGAUCGGCUGUUGUGAUCAUCGUUGUAGAUUGUCGUAUCACUUUAUGUGUGCGAGGGAUGCUGGUUGUCUUCUUCUCAACAACAAACAAGUGUUUUGUCCUACUCACAUAUCCUCAACGGAACAGUUGGCACAAGAGAGGCUACACGUAGAUCGUCGUGUGUACGUUGAUCUCACUAAAUCUCGACCAUCACGGCAAAAGCUCGAAACAUUAAGCCAUCAGUCACUCAAACUAAGAAUCGGUAGUAUGUUGGUGACUGCAUUUGGUAAAUUGGUUGAAGGGUCGGACACAGCGAAGACACUCUUACCAGCUGCAUUCAAGAGCACACGAAUGUUUUGGAGUACACUGGAUGUCAGCAGAUGCUGCCAAUACACAUGCACAGUCGUGAUCCAAGGAGACACGUCAGUAGACAACACAGAACAAGAGAUAUCAGACAACUCCUCAACACUAACAACCUCAUCACUCGCCAGCUCUCCCAUAAACGUUACCAAAGCGUCACCAUCAAUGCCUGAAUUCAGCGACCACAAUUUGUCUCUCACACCAUCCACGAUGACCAACUCACCACCCAAACUAUCAACCAAUCAAACGCUUGGGCAUUCAGCACCAACGAUUUUGAAGGCACGGAGAGAGCUGAUUGCAGGUAGUAAAGCAAGAACACUAAGUGUUUCGUCCUUUGGUCAUAAAUCUAAGAGCGACGUCAGUUAUGAUGUGGCAUCGAAACCAAACGUUAUUGCUAUCAACAUGUUUCCUCAAAAUGAAGGAAAGAACGACCCAAAGACGAUCCCGGGUGUUGCUGUGACGCAGGGCGGUGUGAGUCCUCGUGUGGUUCGCGUUGUUGUGGUGCCUGCGUGGCCGGGUAUGUACCAAAUGAUGUCAACACAGAAACAUAUAGCUGUUGGAGAAUUGAUACCAAUAUCUCAACCUACGUAUUUGCCUCGUCUUUUGCCCAAACCCCUAACUCCCAGCACAACAUCUAGCGUCACUUCCGGUGGUACGUCUGGCAUCACUUCCAAUAGUAACUCUUUGGUCACUUCCGGUGGUACUUCCGGCACCACUUCCGGUAUUACUUCCGGGGUGUCUUCAAGCAUAGGGUUGAGUGUUGCUUCUGGUGUUGCACCAAAAGUCAAGGGAGCAUCACUACAAGCCCCUCGUGUUUCGUCUUCAGCGAUAUCAACCGGUUGGGUUAUAUCACAUUCUUCUCCUUGUUCUGUUGGCGUCGAUUUGCAGCUGUCAAAACACAUGGAAGCACAGCAGUCGGAAGCAAGGAAGACCAUUCAAAUGACACAGCAGAAAUUUCUGAGGCACAAUUUGCUACAAAAUUCGUCGAUUUCUACUGCAAGUUCGUCAUCACUGUUGUCUAGUGCUUCAUCUGUGUCAAGCAUCGCUGGAUUUGUGUCACAACCAUUAGCCGUUUUGACGUUAUCGUCUUUGCCUUUUCAAGUAACAACCGUGUGCACCAACCAGCCGAUCACUUGUUUAGUGCCGACGACAAAAGAAGGUGCCGGCACUCGGGAAACGAAUGCAUGUGUGGGCAUGGCCGAUUUGACUCGAACGACUCAAAUUUUGAAGUCACCAGUUAUGUCCGAUUGUUUGUACGAUAGCAAGUUGUCUGGCAAACUAGCGGACGUAACCAAGACAAAGAAGUUACAUUCGAUUUGCGACCUGCUUGCUCUUCGUUCGGGCGUGAAUUGCGUGCCUCACGAAUCUAUGACCAAAAUUGAGACAAUAGACACAUUGAAAUCAACAAAUCAGUCGCCUCAUGCCGGACAUCAGUUGAAUGCCACGGAAACAUCGUGUGCAGUUUCCGGUGAUAUUGCGACUUGUUGUAGCUCAAUAUCGAGUGUAAUACCCAAUCACAUGACGGCAUCGUCCGGCUCUACGGUUGAGGGACAAACGGCUUCGAUUGGGACUCUGUGCAACUCGUCGUUGGUGCGAGAAAAUGCGUCACCACAGAGUCAUCAUGGAGUUGUCCCUUCGUCAGAGGCCGGUGAUAAAAUUGUGACGUCACAGACGGGAAGUACACGCGUGGGCGUGGCUGCAACGUCUACGUUAUUGGUGUAUCCUAUGGCAAGCAACACGUCAGCGUCUGCGUCCACUCGGGUGGCUCCACAGGCUUUGGCUGAUGUAGAAGUAAGCAGUCCAGGAACGUCGCUGAUUUCGGUGUCUCAGUCUGGUGUGUUACCGGAUAGUCGAGCGACGACAACUCAAACGAUUACAUCAAGUGUGGGUGGCCUGGUUGGCAUGGUAACACCUCUAUCGACGUCUAGUGUCUCGCUCAAUUCGUUUGGUCAUCAUUUGUUUCACUCGCCUCGAUCUCUGCUGCAUCAUCCGACCGUUUCAUUGUCUGCGAGUGAUAAAACCACGUCGUCGCUGACGUCGUCGUCUUCUCGAUCAGCUGGCAACACGUCGAGAUGUGUCGAUCACUCGAAUUACUGUAAACGAAUGUCUCGUAAUGUGGGCGUGGUUAGAUCAUUGGUUAACGAUUCGUCGCUUCCUGUCGUCUCAGAUCUUCUAGUUCGUUGUCCGUUGGUACAAGCCCUCCCUCACUCUCCACCUCUAGCACCAGCGGGUGUACCCAACAUACUACGUCAUGCGUCUUCAUCCGAACGAGGCUUCAACAAACCUUCACGUCAACGAGGGACGACUCGGGAGGUGAACGACUCACAAUACGAUCAACAGUCAUCGAUAUGUGAUACCCAAAGUGCAUCAUGUAGUGCUAAUGUGUCACCCAUUUUGACUACUAGAAAAGAUGGUGCUGUGAGACAGAAACGGAAGCAAAAUAUUGAUAUUAAUUAUGAAGAUGGUUACGUGGGAGACGUGAGUUGUGAUCUUGUGAAUGAAGGUGAAUCGUCGUGGUCGGUCAUUGAGUCGUGGGUGUCUGCAAGUCCAGUUAAGAAACGUCGGAUGUCGUCGAGGAGGGGAGGGGGUAAAUAUUUACGUGACUCGGAGUUUGAUAUUCCAGUUCCACCUGCUCCGCAGUCGCAGCAGGAAAGUGAGGAGGUGGAGAGCAGGAGUGGGUGGAGCUCAAACAAAGAGAAACUGAUAUUUGUUGUUACGAAUGAUGAUGGGUUUAGGAUUGAAGCAUCGAGUUGUCAAGAGGCUUGGGCUGCAGUCAUUGAGGCUGUUGUUGAGAAGAGAAGAGAUGCUGGUCUUUGCCCUAUCUCAUUUGCAGGCAUCGAUGGCCUUCUCAUGUUUGGUCUCAAUCAGGAGUUUGUCGUGUCUGUGAUUGAGCAGCUGCCCAACAGUCACUUUUGUUCUGAGUACAACUUCAAGUGUUUUAAUCCACGUCCAUUACAGUCUUUCCUUCCUGUUGAGACUGAAGUGAAGGAGAAUCCACACGGAGCUGCCAGAGCUAUUGGAUAUGAAAGGAGGUCUCCACAUGACAUGUUCAGCUUCCUUAAUUCAAAGCAUCGUGUUCCACCUCAGAUUCAUGAUCUUUGGCAAGAUGUAAAUGAUGUUGACAUUCAAUCAAGACAUCAGUCACAGUCAAAUCAAGACCUUCCCAUUGCCAUGCGAUACAGAGCAAUGCAGAAGUCAUUCAAGGCGAACGUUGCUGUUUUCAGAUCUGCGAUUCAUGGGCGUGGCCUUUUCAGCAUGAGGGAUAUCGAGGCUGGAGAAAUGGUCAUCGAAUAUUCAGGGACGAUAAUAAGAUCAAUACUGACAGACAGACGAGAGAAAUUCUAUGAAAGCAAGGGCAUAGGUUGCUAUAUGUUUCGUAUCAACGAUGAUGAAGUGAUUGAUGCAACAAUGUCGGGGAAUGCUGCCCGUUUUAUUAAUCAUUCAUGCGAACCAAAUUGUUUUUCACGUGUCAUUGCUAUCGACAACACCAAGAAGAUCGUUAUAUUCGCCUCCAGGAAUAUCAUGCAAGGCGAAGAGAUGACGUACGAUUACAAGUUUCCAUAUGAGGACGUCAAGAUUCCAUGCAACUGCGGCGCCCGACGGUGUCGCAAAUAUCUAAACUGAAUUCAUUUAUAUCAACUGGUUUACAGAAAGGACCGAGAACGGACAAGAUAUUUUGCACAAUAUUUAGAGGAAAAAUGUGAUAAAGUAAGUGAUUAUUGUAUGUAAAAUGAAAUACCGAACGUCGCCAAUGACUAAUUUGUAAUUUUGCUUACACAAAGUACGUGUACUGUAUGUACGAUGGGGUAAAAUUGAUAUCAAUUAUUAAAGCGGAAAUUAUAAAUUUUAUAAAUAAAUAAUUUA